AUGCUCUCGUACACUUAUUUUGCUCUGUGGGUUUGGUGCUUGCACAUCGUUGCAGGAAACACAGAGACGUUCUUGGUGAGUCUGCCUGCCGACUAUCCAAUUUUCAAGUAUGUCGGUGAUGUGGGUGCUCAUGAUUAUCAUGUACUUUCAUUAAAUAACACAAACAACGACAAAAUCACCAUCAACCCGAUUGUGAGUGCACGCACCGUUACUCACUACAUCGAAUUGCAAUCUUUGAAGAAAUUUGAAUCGUACAUGGUAAAGACCUGCUGGUCUGCAGUGUCACCAAUCUCAAUACAUAAUAUGGAUACAAUGAUUGUUCCGCCAUUGCAAGACUUUAUGGGCACCACAAGCGAACAUCCAAGGUUCUUUAUAGCAUUCGACAUCACUCAAGAUUCGUAUCCUACCAUUGACAUGUUGGAAUCUUUGAUCAAUGUCAGCGUGACUAACGUUAAAUUAGGCAUACCAGUAGACCUGUAUUCAACUAUAAUAUAUAUAUUAUUUACAUGUGGCUUCGUAUUUGCAUUGGAAAGAUAUUUAAAUCUAGUUGCACGUAUAACCACUAUAUAA